AUGGAUUCUUCCUUCUUUUCGCAGCCUGCGAUCUCGUACUUUCAACCUUUCCAGUCUCCAUGCGGGCCAUCGCUCAUUUCCUGUGAGCCCGUGGCCUGCGAGGACUUUGGUGCCAAGUAUGAGAGCAUCUCGUCCAAGGUGUGCGGCUGGGCUGGCGAGCUUGGGAAGGACCAUGACCUAAGACAAGGAGCUGACUGUGCGCGGCUUUUCUCACAGCCGGCACCUUUCGAGGUUAGUGCAGAGUUUCCCAGCAGCGAGCUGAUUCCGACUGCACAACGGCAACCUCGUGUGGACUUCCUCAGCAGUGCCACAGCCAUGAAGAGCAUUUUUCGGGCAUCCUUUGACACGGAGUCCGAUGUGGGUGUUACGGUGCAUCGUUUGGGCGAUUGGUUGGUCAUCGAUGAUGGCAGCGAGCUUUCAUGGUCGCCAUCUCCCGGCAGCCCAGACAACACUGCAUGGACGGAACGCGUUCGCAGCGCCGAGCAGCAGCACGACGAAUGCUUGGCCAAAGUAGAGGCAGCCAGGCUAAAGCUGAUCGACUCGCAACAGUAUGUUGAGAAGGUCCGAUCCAUGUUGUGGAACGCAGAAGUGGCUGCAAAGCAAGCCGAUGACGAACUCCGCGAGGCUCUUGCAGAGGCCGAUCAGGCGGCUGCAGCUUGUGAACGCUUAAAAGCUCAAGACGCCGCACCUUUCUUUGAGUCGGCGGAACCUGACGGACGAGGCGAUACUUUCAUGGAAGAGGAUCCCACUCAAGCAGAUGCGAGCUAUCAGGAAGAUCCUGAGCUUUAUCGCAACUUCUUGGGGCACUCCAUCCGCCAGUUGCAGGACGAGCCUGCUGAAUCCGAAAGCACAAAACACAAGGAGCGCGAGGUCCACACUUCACCGGCUUGUCAAAAUGGUGAGCUGGUGCUUCUGGACAGCCCGCCCGCAUCUUUUCAUCAGGUUGGCAUCUGGAAGAUAGCCGACGAUGCUUCAGUGGUCGUUGGCAGUCGUCUGCUUUGCCUGGGGAAUUCGGAGCAUCCGAAGUUGACGCUGUAUCUGCACGACGACAGAGUGAUCUCAGACACGAUGUUGUUGGAACACUGGGUUGAGUGUCUUAUGGCUGGGGUUCCGGAGUUCGCCAUCUGCUUUCACCGGGACGGCGCUGUUCAGUCAUACUCACUGUACAAGGUGUCGGAGUUACAGAGCUUCCUUGAAGAAAGAAUGGAGCUCGGCAGGCGUGUGCAGAUGACGUUGGAAGUGCUGCGCUGGAUCAAACGACAGUGUCGACUUGAGGGCUGCAGCUAUUGGCUGUCAAAGGACAAGAAAGACUCAGCUCUAAAGCUCAUGAAGUUGCCCAGGGCCGAUGCUACUACGCCCAGCAGUGAUGCACGCCCCCUUCCGCUUUGCAGUUCCGCUGCAGCACCACAAGGGUUGGUCCUGAAAAACACUUUCCUGGACAUCCCGGAUGAGGACUCGGAGUGUGGGGACUUCCGUCGAGCCUUGAGCUGCCCAGCUCGUUUUCUCUGCGAGACCAUGGACGACCUGUCGCACGUGUCCCCUCUCUGCGGCAGAGUUUCUGCGCUCUUCUUCAGACGUGCCGUGUCCUCCCCGCCGAGCCUCGCUGCCGCGGCCGCCCACUUCUUUCGCCAGGUCUUGGACCUGGAGGCCUUUAGCACGAACUCGGGCAUCGUCUGGUCCGGAGCCGUGGACGAGACGGGAGGGCCAGCACCAGAUGGCACCGGCGGACGAGCGGCCCUGCAGGCGUACAGCCACUUGGGCCUGGCACUCUGUGAGCUGCCAAGUUUCGGCCGUGAGGAGAAUGUCUCAGAUUUCUCGGAGAACUCGGCAUCCUCGGCAUCAGCCCAAGCAGCUUCCCUGCUGGCCGGCUUGCGCAGGGACAUUCCCAUGGCGCCCCGUGGACGGGGUCGGUGUCCACACCGGAUGCUACCCCUCUGGACUGGUGCUGCCGAACUGGAAGCUGGAUGUUCUCCGCUUCUCUUUGUGGCGGUGCCUCCAUGUCCUGCGCUGCCAAGCUCGCAAGGGAGCUCUCCUACACUCCCGCAAGCUUCCUGCACGUUGGCCUUGAGCAGAACAGCGGAUGCCUUGAGCCUGCAACUUGCUGGAGAAGAUGAGAAGCGCUUCAACAUAUUGGCGCUGCCCACAGCAGCUCUUGUUCUGCUACAGCUGGCAUCAGCCGUGAUUGAGUGGAGCGAUUCCUGUGACCAUGGCUCAGAUAGGACGAGGACGCUGCUUUGGCGAGCCCUCAUCGCAGGGCAGAAGUUUGCGGCCCUGGAUGCAGCCGAUCCGCCGAGGCCACAACUACAACCCUUCUUCACAUCCUUGCCGUCUAAGGAGGAGCUUCUGGUUCGCUUCGAGCAUCUCUGUGGGCGUGCAUUGCUGCUGUUUGCAAGCUCGCAUGACAAGGCCAGGAGAGCUUCGCCAUCGCAUGAUCCGCCUGAGGCAGCCGCUUGGGAUGAGUUGGACAGCCAGCUGCGCAGGUUAGAAACCUGGCUGGACGUGCAGAACUCCGAGGGCAAGGUUGAGGCGGCUCUGGCUCGUCUCUUUCCAGAUCAAGUGGACGAAGAGUCAAGGUGGAGCCUGUUCGAUGGCAACAAGGCCUGUGAAGUGCACCGUUGGCGCAUUCGCGCUUCGUGGCAUUUGCAGCGGAGCCUGCGCCUGCUUCCGCCCAGCAUCUUGGAGGCGAGAUCCCAGCGUUGCUGCAGCUCAUUGUUGAACGUGAUGAUGAUGACGUUGGCCACCUCGCUUUCAGAAUCUGCUGCAGGGCUUGUGGGGCAAGCGGCAGAACUGGGAGAAGAUGCGACCAAUUCAUCUUCUACCUCACUGCUGCAGGCCUUGAGGGCGGCAAACGAGCAGCUUAGCCGCGCAGAGGAUCUAGCCGAUGCUGCAGGUUACAAGGCAGCGGCAGCGCUGGCCCAGGCAAGCAGAGGUCAUCUCUGUGCCCUGGCUGCUGAUUGGAUUGUGGAUGCAGUUCGUCGAGGAGCGCAUGAUCCAUCCGAGCAGGCUGCCGUGCUCCAGAGUUUGCUGGAGGAGGAAGAAGAGGAGGAGGAGGAGGAGUUGUCACUGAGCGACGGUCAGGGUGUGAUGCUUCUGGUGGGUCGACUUGGUGACCAAGCUGUGGCAGAGACGUAUGCUGCCAUGCGCAGCAUCGAUUCCGUGGUCGAGCCUGACGCGGCGACAGUGCUUGCACUAAUGACAAGUGGAGCUCUCCAGGCAGCCGUCGAUCGCCUUCGACUGCUACCUCCUCCGGAAGUCUCGGAGGAGCAACGUCGUCAAGUUGUCCUCGACAUGCUUGGGCAAGCCGUCCAAUUGCUUCCCGGAGAAGGAGCCACAGCUGCCAGCACGGUUGGCGCUUGUGUGGACCGGCAAUGCGCCAUGCUGUCCGCCCAAGCGCACCUGGCUCUAAGCAAGGUCCAUGCUGGCCUGGAAACGAGCAGCUUGGCUUGUCACGACAGGCCGAGCCGACAGCCUCACAAGACGGCACCCUGGCAUCUGGACAGAGUGCGGUCUGCUUUGCACAGAGCCUCGGAGCCUGUCCGGCCGGAAGACCGAACUGUGGUGACUGCAAUGCUGAUUCAGGUCCAUCUGCUUCAUGCUAGCUUCAUCAGCGUCGGGCUCGUGCCGACCAAAAAGAGGCAACACGAGCGCAGUCUCGAAGAACUGCUAGCCGCAAGCCGCCUCGCUGCCAGUGAAGACGGUGCAAGUGGAGUAGCAGGUGAUCGCAUGCUGCCUUUGCCGCUGAAGACUGUGUGGGAGAAGAUCAAGACCUUGGUGCUUGACCAGGUGCGCCACGUGCUGCGGUUGCUGUGUACAGGAAAGCCUUCAAGCUCCAACGAAGGAUGGAAAAGCCUUUAUCGAUUUGCGCUCAAGCUCGAGCCGCAUCAACUUUCCGAGUUGGUCAGUGCCUACGACAAGACCGCAAUCUGA